GAGGGAGACAGAGCUGACCACAGAGGAGAGGGGGAGAAACGUAUUUCAGGUAACCCUGGUCUCCACCAUGAUCUCACAGUGCUUACCAGAUUUCUUAAAAAUUGUAAAUUUUCAUCACCGGAGUCCCAAAUUACAUCAGUGUUUAAGAAGUAGCAAAAAUGGUUUCAGCACCAAGUCACUUUCCAAACGUCAAAGGCGAGUAGUUGUCACAGGUAUUGGUUUAGUGUCUCCUCUUGGCGUUGGGACUCAAUUCGUGUGGAAUCGCCUUCUCCAAGGAGAAAGUGGGAUUAUCUCUCUGGAUGGGGAAGAAUAUACAAGUGUUCCAUGUAGAGUGGCUGCUUGUGUGCCAAGAGGAAAUGGCAAGGGUCAGUUCAGUGAAGAAAACUUUGUGUCAAAAUCAGAAAGCAAAUCCAUGUCUUCUGCCACUAUCAUGGCCUUGGGUGCUGCAGAGCUAGCAAUAAAAGACUCUGGCUGGCAUCCACAGUCUGAACUGGAUCACUUAACUGCUGGUGUGGCAAUUGGAAUGGGAAUGGUUCCACUGGAAGAUAUUUCCAAUACAGGCUUGAUGUUUAAAACAAAAGGUUAUAACAAAGUCAGCCCAUUCUUUAUCCCUAAGAUCUUAAUCAAUAUGGCAGCAGGUCAGAUCAGCAUUAGAUACCAACUGAAGGGGCCCAAUCAUGCUGUAUCAACCGCUUGUACCACAGGAGCACAUGCUGUUGGAGAUUCCUUUAGAUUUAUAGGCUAUGGUGAUGCUGAUGUGAUGUUGGCUGGAGGAACAGAAGCUUCUAUUAGCCCCUUGUCUAUAGCUGCAUUUGCAAGAGCUCGGGCUCUCAGCACUAACUUUAACUCAAGCCCUAAACUGGCAUGUCGACCAUUCCACUCACAAAGAGAAGGAUUUGUAAUGGGAGAGGGUGCAGCUGUGUUGGUGUUGGAAGAAUAUGAACAUGCUAUGCAAAGAGAAGCCAGGAUCUAUGCAGAAAUUUUAGGUUAUGGACUCUCUGGUGAUGCUUGCCACAUAACAGCACCUAAUCCAGAUGGAGAUGGUGCUUUUAGAUGUAUGUCUGCAGCAAUAAAAGAUUCUGGAAUAUGUCCUGAGGAUAUAACAUAUGUCAAUGCACAUGCCACUUCUACGCCACUAGGAGAUGCUGCUGAGAAUCAAGCCAUCAAGAGACUUUUUAAAGAGCAUGCAUACACUCUUGCAGUUUCCUCAACAAAGGGAGCAACAGGACAUCUCCUGGGGGCUGCAGGGGCUAUAGAGGCAGCUUUUACUGCACUAUCCUGUUACCAUGGAAUUUUACCACCUACUCUCAACCUGGAUAGAACCGAUCCAGACUUUGAUCUCAAUUAUGUUCCGCUAACAGCCCAAGACUGGAAAAGUGAAAAACGACGCAUUGCUCUCACUAAUUCAUUUGGCUUUGGUGGUAGUAAUGCAACACUGUGCUUUGCUAAUGUUUAGGUUACAGUGUGUAUGUGUGUGUAAAUACUAUAAAUGCAAAUUGGUAAAUGCCCUGAAAAGUGAUUUGUGGUACUUCAUUAUGUUUUGUUGUACUGUAACACUUUUUACACAUCCCUUUUUAUUCAGUCACAUUGGAGACUUGCUUAUUUUUUUCUUUUUUAAGUCUUACAGUCCUUACCUAUUUAUACUUCAGACUACAAAAGAAUGAGUAUUGCUCCUUUAGAGUCUGAUCUUCCAAAUGCUAAGUGCUUUCUUUGAUUUCAUUCACUUCACUGGGAGGUUAGGAUGCUCUGCACUUGGCAGGAUUUAGUCCUUAAUAUUGCAACUCCUGUUUGAUCAACAACCCCAUUCAUCUCAUUCUCCCCUUUAAGAUAUUGUUUGCAUUACUUCCGGUUAUGCAGAACUUUGAAAUACCAAAUUCAGCACUUUAAUUAGGAAUGUCUUAUUUUAAAAAGAAAGGUAUUAAAGUUGGAAAUGCUCUAAAAUUUUAUAUUAAAUAUUCAA